AACCAUUUUGAAAAUAAUUAUAGUUUUUAAUAGAAAUUAAAUUGAACAAAUCUGAUUAACUAAUUAAUUAUGCCUUGAUUCUAAAACUAAACUGCUAAUUAAACUCAGUGUUAGGCUGAAGAAGAGGUUCACCAAUGGUUCUUUCCUUUUCUCCCAUUCAUAUUAGCUCAUAUGGGGCGCUCAUCUCAAAUGUCAAUGGCGUCGACAUUUACUUGAGCGAGGAAAAUCUUCAAAUCUUAACCAGGCUACGCCGUGAUGGGGAUGAUCUCGAUCGCUACGUGGGCGAAGAAGGGGCUCGUUUCAAUGAAGCCGCUCUUUUGGAAGAAAUCGGCAUCAGGAACUUCACCCCCACUCCUUCGCAGCGCCGACAGACCAUCACCUCCAUGAAUCCCGUGUAUCAAUUCAUCUUCUAUGCCUUGACACGAAUUCUCAAGCCCGGAAAGUAUAACCACACGGCGCUUACCCAAGAGGACACCAAGACUCUUCAUGCAAUGAUUCACAAUGUAAGCAUCAAUUGGUGCAAAUUUGUGAUGACGCACAUGUUUGGUGCUACCUCCGAGGACAAGCCUCUCCCCUACGCUCUUCUCGUUAUGGACUUCCUUGAUGAAUACAAUAUCAAGACGGAUGUUGGGCCAAAACAGAAGGGAACGAAUCAUUGGGAGAUCGACGAGUCGUCCUUCCAUUCAGGCAAUGAUGAAGCUCCUUUCCCUCCAUCUCGUGCUCACCGCCAAGCUCCGGAACCUUCCUCAAACUCUCAAUCACUGUCGGAGCAAAUGGCUGCCUUGAUAGCCACUCCAUCCAGGAUUGACACCAACGUCACUCAAACGGCUCAAAAUGUGAAUACAUUAAGCCGAGAGCUACAUGGGUACUUUGACUUCGUCAAUUACCCCUACGCCCAACUUGUCCCUUACACCAAUCCCUCAAACAUUGGAGGUGAGGGUCAAUCAAGUGGGUUGAAUGACAUUGAGGUUGAGAAAGAGGAAAAUGAGGAAGAAAGUGAUGAAGACACAGAGGACGUAGACGAGAGCGAUGAAGAAGAAGAAGAAGACGAUCAAGAUGACUCUUGCUCGGAGGACUUCUAAAGCUCUAGCUCAUUUUUCUUUUCUCUUCCUAUCAUUUUUUAUGCUUCCGUAGUGUACUCCGCAUUUCCCUUUAAUCAAUAAAAUCUUUAUGGUUUU